CCCCCCGUUAACAGUUCCUUUGCCGUCUGCUUGCCAAAGUUUUGGCUUCUCGGCGCACGUGGUCCGACCAAAUACGCAAUAGAGUCGAAUUGGAUAGUGAUCUGUUAAAUUCAACAAAAAAUUUAACCGAUACAGAAUAUGGGUGCACCAAUGAAGAAGAAGUACGAGGCAGGCGAAGCCACGAAAUACAUUACAAGAGCUCAAGCAUUAAAAAAGCUGCAACUGAAUUUGAAGGACUUUCGGCGUCUUUGUAUCUUAAAGGGUGUUUACCCGCGUGAACCAAAUAACAGGAAAAAAGCCCAAAAGGGUAAACUAGACAAGAAGACCCUCUAUUACGUAAAAGACAUUAGGUUUUUGAGCCACGAGCCUCUAAUAUGGAAGUUCAGAGACUUCAAAAUCUUCAUGCGAAAGAUGAAGACAGCAAUGGAAAAGGGUGAUAAAGAAACUGUUGCACGACUGAAAGAAAACAAGCCUAGCAUGAAGCUGGAUCAUUUGGUUAAGGAAAGAUAUCCUACAUUUAUGGAUGCUCUCAAUGACCUGGAUGAUUGUUUAACCCUGUGUUUUUUCUAUUCAACAUUGCCAAGAGACACCAAAGUCCCAGCAAACCUAAUUUCACUCUGUCGAAGAUUGACAGUAGAAUUUUUACACUAUGUUAUAGCCGCCAAAGCUUUGCGCAAAGUCUUUAUUUCCGUUAAAGGCAUUUACUAUCAAAUAGAAAUCAAAGGCCAGCCUGUGACUAUUCUUAUUAAUCAUCAGCGAGGCUUCAAGCCUACUUCAGCGUCUGAUGUGGAUUACAGAAUCAUGACAAAUUUCGUCGAUUUUUACACAUCGAUGCUUGGAUUUAUAAAUUUCCGACUCUAUCAUUCGAUUAAUCUUCAGUAUCCACCAAAACUUCCUGGAAUUACUGUUAAAGAAGAUGCAACGGAUGAAGACGCCGUUGAAGAAUAUAACGAACUAGUGGCUGCUUUGAAUUCGAGCCUUGUUACAAACGUACCCCAGGCCGAGGAAGAAGUUCAAAUUGACGAAUUUCCUUCGGCUGAAGGAGCAGAAAAACUUGAGGAAGCCAAAAGGGAAGCUGAAGCCAUUGAACGACUUAAAAGCCUCUUCAAAGGCUUAAAGUUUUUCAUUGGUCGCGAAGUUCCACGCGAGUCGGUUGUUUUCGUUAUCCGUUCGUGCGACGGCGAGGCUUCAUGGGAUCCUUCCAUCUUUGCGGGCGCCACAUACGAUGAAACUGACGAAAGCAUUACUCAUCAAAUUGUUGACAGACCUUCGGUAGAUAAACAGUAUCUUUCACGUUAUUAUAUUCAGCCUCAAUGGCUAUUUGACUGCAUUAAUUUCCGCCGGUUACUUCCGGUUGAAGAUUAUUUCAUUGGGGCUAAUCUGCCGCCUCACAUUUCACCUUUUGUCACUGAGCGUCUGGGUGACUACAUUCCCCCUGAGCGACAGAUGCUCUUGGCGCUACAGCGUGGAGAAACUCUUCCAGCUGAACAAGAGGAAGAGGAGGAGGAGGAUGAGAGUGAGGACGAUAGCAGUGAAGAAGAGGAGGAAGAAGACAAGGUGGAAAAGAAAGAACCAACAAAAUCUCAAGUGGUUAAAGAGAAAAAAGGUAUGAAGGUAAUGAGAGGUCGUGUUGAAAUGCCUGAUGUCAAGGGCAUGGAAGAAGAGGACAAAGAGCACUACAAAUUCCGUGAGCUGAUGAUUCGCAAUAAAGACAAGCGACUCUAUCGCUCUAUGAUGAAAAAUCGCAAGAGCCGUGAACGUGAAGCUAAACGUUUAGAAAAUAAACGCAAGCAACAUGAAAAAGAGGAAAAGGAUUUGAAGAAAUCAACGUCUUCAGGGAAAGCAUUGACCGCGAAAUGGUCCAUUCAACCCCAGUCUGCAACCUCAGACACGCAAACCAAGAAAAUGAAGAUGGUGUAAGUUUUUCAUAUUCUUCUCGCUUUUGUCUUAAUACACGCCGUUGUGGAAAUA